AUGGAUAAACAGCAAUAUGAAUGCGAAGAUCGGAUACCGCUUCCAGAAUUGGGACAACAUGCACAUUCGCAUCACGUGAAUGACAAUCGAGACUUAGCACGUGUUGGCAAGUUGCCUAGUUUACAGGACAUUUGUCCUUCCAUUGAAGAAGUGCUACUCUCCGUCGAGCAAGAAUUUUGUGGUAGUCAUUCUAAUAUAUUGUUUAGUGGGGGAUCGGCAGGUGCGGUUUAUACCUACCUCUUUGUGUGGUUCAGCACGCUGUGCACCCUUGCUACACUAUCCGAGCUGGUGUCUAUGGCACCGACCUCUGGCGGUCAGUAUCAUUGGGUCGCAAUUUUAGCGCCACGAUGGUGUCAUAAGUUCCUUAGCUUUAUUACAGCGUGGCUGGUAAUCUUGGGUUGGCUAGGAGCGUUUGCUUCAGGUGUGUAUAUGGCAAGCUCUCAGAUCAUGGGGUUUGUUACUAUAACACAUACGGCUUUCCAGCCUCAACCCUACCAGGUAAUGCUUCUUUACUGGGCUUACGUUGCUUUUGCGAUGUUUAUCAAUGUUGGAACAGGGAGUCUUCUGCCUAAAUUUGAGGGAUUUGUCCUCAUCUUGCACAUUGCUGGGUUUUUCGUCAUCCUAAUACCACUCUCAUAUCUAGGCGACCAUGUAUCCGCCAAUGAAGUAUUUGGGAGCUUCAAUAACGAGGGCGGUUGGCCGAGUCUUGGAUUAUCUCUCUUUGUUGGGAUGCUGGGCAGUAAUUUUGCUUUCACAGGGUGUGACGCUGCUAUUCAUAUGACCGAGGAGACCAGAAAUGCCACGGUGAUCAUACCGCGGUCCAUCAUGAUGAGUAUUGUCUUGAAUGGAUCACUGGGCUUUGGCAUACUCUUGGUUACCCUGUUCAAUCUGCAGGAUGUCGAUCAUGUCCUCAACUCCCCUACAGGAUAUCCAUAUAUCCAGAUAUUUCUAAAUGCGACAGGGUCAAUCCCGGGCAGCAUCGCCAUGGCUUCUAUUGUGCCUAUCUCAGGGGUUGCUACUGCAUCAGGGAAUCUGGCCGCAGCCUCACGGAUGGUAUGGUCCUUCUCUCGAGACCGUGGUACUCCUUGGUGGAUACUACUCAGCAAGGUGAACUCUAGGAGAAUUCCUUUUUAUUCCAUCACAGCUAUUGUCGUCGCUGCGCUCUUAUUAUCUUUAAUAAUCCUGUGGUCUGAAGCUGUUCUUAAUGCUGUGGUGUCAUUGACCGUUAGCUCUCUGUUCUCUUCCUAUCUCAUAGCUGCUGGGCUGCUGCUUUACCACCGCCUUACAGGCGGAAUUCGACAUUGUGGCGACACAAUGCUGGUAGUUAACACAACUGGCGCUCCCCUUUCUUGGGGGCCCUUUCACAUUCCACGGAAAUGGGGUAUCGCAACCAACGCUUUCACGGUUUGUUACCUGACCAUUGCUGUUAUAUUCAGCUUUUGGCCUUCAGAUGUACAUGUCAACGCGUCGUCAAUGAAUUGGGCUAUCGCACCUACUGGAGGGACGAUUCUCUUCGGCAUCCUGUACUACAUUACCCAUGCAAAGGGCACUUUCACUGGGCCUAUAGUGGAAGUUUGUUAA